UGCCGAACCACUCCACUUUCUCCCGCACACACACCAGACGGCCGGCCACCAUGGAAACACCGCCGCCGCCGGCGCUCCUGGACGAGCUCGUCGAAGAGAUCCUCCUCCGCCUCCCGCCCGAAGACCCCGCGUGCCUCCUCCGCGCCUCCGUCGUCUGCAAGGCCUGGAGCGGCAUCGUCUCCCGCCCCGGAUUUCGACGCCGCCUCCACGAGAUCCACGGCGUACCCCCCGUGCUCGGCUUCCUCCACAACUGGAAGGACGAUUUCAUCCCCCGAUUCAUCUCCACCACUGCAUCGUCCUUCUCCCUCGCCGCCCCGGACCGCCGCGCCUGGCGGGCCCUCGACUGCCGCCACGGACGCGCCCUCUUCUUCCCCCAGGGAUUUGGUGGUCUGGAGCUGCUCCUGUGGGAGCCAAUGACGGGUGCCCAGCAGCGCAUACCGGUGCCCGCGGCGUUCAAGUGCGACUACCCGACCGCGGCCGUGUUGUGCGCAGCGGACGGGUGCGACCACCGCGACUGCCUCGGGGGUCCUUUCCGCGUCGUCUUCCUCUUCGUCGUCGUGGUAGAUGAGGAGACCAGCAUAUGCUCGUUCAGCAUAUACUCGUCCGAGACUGGCGCUUGGGGGGAGCUGACCUCGGUUCAGUGCACCCUCGACUUCUCCAUUGAAUUCACAGAAAGCUACAGCGUGCUCGUCGACAGAUCUGUGCUCUACUUCACGUCCGACGGCGACGCAAGCUGUGCGUCCGUCGUGGAGUAUGACUUGGCAAGCCACAACCUGACUGUGUUCGGCCUACCGGACAGAGACUACGGCCAUGCAUAUAGCCUCGUGCUGGUGGAGGACGGUGGAAUCGGAGUAAUCCAAUACUUGGAUACGCAGCUCAAAUUGUGGACAAGAGAGGCCAGUGCUGAAGCAGGAUGGGUGCUGAACCGGGUCAUGUGCUUGGAAAAUUCCCUCCCAAUGAAUGCUCUCUUACAUGCAGUGCAAGUGCUGGGCUUUGCUGAGGAAGCAAAUGUCAUUUUUGUUAACACGGUUGUCGGCAUCUAUACAAUAGAGCUACAAUCGGGGCAUGUGAGGGAGGUGUGCAGUGAUACUGAUCGAGGCUUCUGUAGUUUGAUCCCAGUUGUCAGCUUCUACACACCUGUACCCCGAGGCAAGCACCAGAAUCUGCCGCCGUCGAAGCCUAGUGGGGAAGCAGGUGGCGAGGAGGAAAAAACAGUGGAUCAGGCACAACAAUUGUUGAACAAGGGGUCCAAUGCUACCAAGGAAGUUGACUUUAUCAACACCUUCGAAUACGUCAGCCAUGACCUCGAGAUCAGGCUUCCGUGUUAUGGAGAAGGUGCUCUGGAGGGUGCUGGCACGCUCAACAAACCUGGAUGUGCCUUGCUACCCAAAGAUUCUUCAGGUGAUGUUCCCAAGAGUGCACCAAGUUUAUGCCUUUGUUUUCACCUAGGGUUCCCAGGAGUUUGUGAAUGUACAACCAGGAGAGAUGAUGCCGGGAACUCGAUGACCUCUGAAAGCAAUGUUGAGGAUGCUCCACCUUUGGAGAAAGAUUGCUGUCCGCAAGUCAACAUGUCCUCUUUCGCUUGUUCUUCAGAGCAACAGCAAGAGGAAGAGGAGUGGAAACGUCAAUAUAAAGAAAAGUGAAGAAGAAAAUGCAGGCUAGCCAAAAUGAACUUGAGCACAUUGACCCAGGUGUUGUUGCUAUGAUGAUUUUCGGAGGGCUCGGCAUGUCGAAGAAGUGAAUGCUUUCAGGCAGUGUGUCUUUUCGUCGAACAAGACAUGAUCGUCGGCUUGCUAUAUGUUCCUGGAUCUCAUGAUUGCGCCAGCCUGAGUCUGACGCAAAGCUUAAUAUUGGAACGAUGAAACUCUGUAAUGAAUGGUGACCUUGUGCUGUAAAUUGGUGGUCAUCUGACUAUCUGAAAUUCAGAGUGACAUUUCAUCUUUGAGAAACAUAAUGACUAGGGCUGCAUGUUUCCUCGGUCGCAAGAAAAUACAACAUUAUCUUAUAGAAGUGGAGUAAUUAGCAGUUGAAGUACUCUGUCA